AAAUACACCAAGCACUUCAGUCGUAAUGCUGUCGAGGACGCACGGAAAGUAACUGAAUUUGCCCGCCGAGUGCAUCGGGCACAGUUGACUGUGACCUGGAUGGGAAGUGGCGCACAGGUGUGCCAGUCGCUCGGUGACAGUUGCGAUUCGAUCGAGCCCUCGAGACUAAGUCCGCGAAGCGAAGGCCUACAUCAGGCACCUGCAUUGCGUAGGGUGCUAUCAAGCAGCGAGAUCGCACGUCAGCUUGCCCCGGCAGAGGUCCCGGCAGGCGGUCUCGGCACAGCUCGCGGGCCUCACGGUGCUGCAGCAGGGGGCAUCCAUAAGCGCUGUAAAGGAAUGCUAGCCAGCCAGGUGCGGUGCCCGGCUGGGCUCCAGCAACGCCGCGGCUGCGGGGUCGCGGUCCCGUCCAAGCCCGGCGCAGCAACUGCCAGGAUCUCGGCUCUACCCCUGCCCAUGCUGGCGCCCGCCAUGCGCCAACGCUCCAUCAAGCUGGCGGCCUCUGCCGCCGGCGCGGCUAGCAGCGGAGGCGCCGACGACAAGAAGGACCUGCCUGUGCCUGCGGGCGAGGCGGCCGCUGCCGACGCCCCUGUGCAGUACUCGGCAGACUUCAUCCGCCGUCGCCUGUUGGUGUUUAUUGGCAUUGUCAUCGGCUAUUCCUCGUACUACCUGACCCGCAACUCGCUGACCUACACGGCGCCGGUGAUGGUGGCAGACGCCAGCCUGCACAUGGACAUCACGCAGAUCGGAGCCAUGACCUCCAUCUUCCCCAUCGCCUACGGCAUGUCCAAGUUUGUGUCGGGUGUGCUGGGCGCAAAGUUCUCGCCCAGCGUGCUGCUGGCGGGCGGCCUUAUGGCCACCGCCGCCGUCAACAUCGCGUUCGGCUUCGGCACCAGCCUGGCCUGGUUCUGCUUCUUCUGGGCGCUCAACGGCACGCUGCAGGGCGUGGGCGGCCCCUGCUGCGCGCGCAUCCUGACCACCUGGUUCGCCAGCAAGGAGCGCGGCACGUAUUGGGGCAUGUGGAACAUCGCGCACAACCUGGGCGGCUUCGCGGCGCCGCUGGUGGCGGGCGGCUUCGCCAAGGCCAUGGGCUGGAAGUGGGGCAUGUGGGCGCCCGGCAUCAUCGGUCUGGUGGUGGGAGCCUUCGUGCUGCUGGUGUGCAGGGACAAGCCUGAGGACAUCGGCUACCCGCCCGUGGAGCCCACCGACAAGGACAAGGGCAAGGGCAAGGCCGAGAAGCCCAAGGCCGACAUCUGGGGCAGUCUGCUGAACAGCGUGCUCAAGAACCCCUUCAUCUGGGGCAUGGCGCUCACCUACUUCUUCAUCUACGUCGUGCGCCAGGGCGUGACGUCGUGGUUCGUGUUCUACCUGAUCAAGGAGAAGGGCAUUGAGGACGCCGCGCAGGCCGCGGUGCGUGUGUCGGGUCUGGAGCUGGGUGGCCUGGUGGGCUCGCUCAUCGCCGGCCGCCUGUCGGACGCGCUCAUCCGCAACUCCAACGGCAAGGGCGGCAACGUCGGCAAGCGCGUCACGGUGGUGAUGUGGUACACGGUGGGCAUUGCGGCGGCGCUGCUGUCGUUCCAGGCGCUGCCCUCAGCCGUGCCCGCCGCCAUCCAGUGGUUCAACGUGUUCAUGAUCGGCUUCUUCCUGUACGGACCCCAGAUGCUCAUCGGUCUGUGCGGUGCGGAGCUGGUGGGCCCCGACUCGGUGGGCGCCAGCGAGGGCUUCCUGGGCUGGAUCGCCUACCUGGGCGCCGCCAACGCAGGCAUCCCGCUGUCCAUCAUCGUGAAGGAGUACGGCUGGAACGCCUACUUCAGCACGCUGGUGGGCGCCUGCGCCAUCGCGCUGCUGCUGCUGUCGCCCAUGACCAAGCUGCGCAGCUACGUGCAGCGCGAGGCGGCCAAGGCAGAGCGCCUGGCCAAGGGCCAGUAAAUGCCGCGUGUUGUGGCGGGCGUCGCCUCGCCUUGUUGCGUGCGCGUAAGGAGUUCCACGGAAGCGGAGGCCCGCCGUUGGCUGCUGCAGCAGGGCAUACGUCUCCUAUAGGGCGAUAUGCUGUGCAGCAAAGCCUUACGCAUCCAAGCAUCAUGACCAUCGCUGCCUUCGCAUACUCGCCGCUCCGCAACCGUGGCCUCCCGCUAUGCGGCCUGGGACAGCGAGGACGCCAAGUGGGCAAGUGCAUACCGAAGAGAGUUGCUUGGCCUGAAUUCGUUGGGACAGGGCAUUGUUUUGCCUGUUUGUGUUGGACUGCUUGGCGUUGCAUGUCUCCGUUGGCGUACAUAGUAGUCGAAGAUAUGCAGAGGUUGACUGACUCGCGGGGGCUGGGGCGGUGAUAGCAAAGAAGUCGGGGAGGGCCCGUCGCAUCCAUUCCUGCUCAUUGGGUGCAGAUCCUGGGUAGAGUGUUGUACGGACAGUGGGAUGAGGGAGGUUGAGCGGCAGGACGCGCUCGGUGCGCAAAUUGGGGGCAGCGGGUCCGGACGAUAAGUACAGCCAACCCACACGGCAAAGUUGCGGGAUACAUCAUAUUUGACACUUGUGUUGACGUUUGGGCAUGCCCUGCGCAAGAACAGAUCGAGUCGCAUAUUGUACGGGAAGCAGUCCCGAGGUGUUAGUGCGUGAAUAUAGGUGUGCAGCGUGCUGUUUGAUGGGCGUGGCGAUACACAGGCGGACUGCGCGCCAGGGUUGCGAGGGUGGUGAGGAUGGUGGAAGCGCCACGGGGCCAGGCACAUGCACACGUGCCCCAUACAUGCGGGAGGCGGCCACAUCACCCACUUUCUCUGCAUACAACAUAAAACGCGCCGACAGAGUCCGGCCUGCCCAUCAGGAGCCGCGGCGAGGCACCUUCUCGUUUGCUUUCCACAUGUGUGUGUCACAUACGGUACCGAGGUUGGUGGGGUGCUUGGUGUGGAUUUGAUUUCCAAAUACCGGUAACUGGUUGGCUUGCAGGAAGUCAAAUGUGUAAGAACGGUCACUAAGAUGCUUAAAUGCGAAUGCAGACGGCAACGGAGUUUGUUGUCCCUUGCAAGCAGUGACAGCGGUCAGCAGAACGCACUGAGAGCAGACAUGUUACCUCAAAUGGAC